AUGUCAGAUAAUAAACAAAAUGGUGGUAGUUCCUCCACUAUUCAACAACAAGCUCUAGAAGAAGAAAAGAAAGUUAUAAAAACUUUAGAAGAAGAUGACGAAUUUGAAGAUUUUCCAGAUGAUAAUAAAGAUUGGUCAACAACUGCUAAUAAUGAUAAUAAAUUAAAUCAAGAUAAUUUAUGGGAAGAAGAUUGGGAUGAUGAUGAUAAUCAAGAUCAAUUUUCAAUCAAAUUAAGAGAAGAAUUAAAGAAAAAUGUAAAACCAAAUACUUAA